UAGAAAUGGACGUAGAGGAGACCCAAACCACCUCCAACACCGUAAGGUCCGAAAUCGCUAUACCCAAAGCGUCGGCUGCACCCGUUGCCGCUCCUAGGACCAGGGUUAUGCGACCACCGCCAUCCGCCGAAGCAGUCAGGGAGAUGAGAGAAGAGCAGCUAUUGGAGCCACAGGGGCCUCCAUGUUGCAGCCUGUGCCAUCGCCCACACGCCCUGAAACGAUGCUCCAUUUUUAAGAGCAUGAAGCCCGCUCAACGAAAACAGGUUGCAAGAGCCCAUGGGCAUUGCAUGACCUGCCGGGCAGAUGACCACGCCACCAUAGAGUGCUGGGCCGACGGCCCCUGUCUAUAUUGCCAGAGGCCCCAUCACACUCUAUUCCAUCGUUUUCCGCGCCGAGCCAAUCCGUCGGAAAGUAGCACCAACACACGUACCAGACCACGUAGUGAUGCUAUCCGGCGUCGACGAAGCAGCCAAUCAACCACAACGCGUACACGGCCAUCUCCGCCACGCCACGCUCAUCGUCAGCACCAACGACGCUCAAGAGGGUUGAGCGCUGUACUCAGUACACUACAACAGCUGCAACGGCUCCUAGCCGAUUAAUUCGCCUAGGGGGGCCGGGAUGUUCACAUGAGCUAUGAGCGUUCUGCAGCAUCCCACAUCACAUCAUCACACAUCACCACACAUCACAUCAUAUCACGUCACAACACCUCAUCACACAACAGCUCACAGUAUACCCCAAUACACACACACGCAUCAAACACCGAUCACUACUACAACACUGCAACACAACAACCAUACGAUCAUCAACGAGACGACUCGUAAUGUUAGCCAAUAUUCACCACCCAAAUCAUCAAAAGGGAUUGACCCGACCGGGAUUGCUUUAUCACCGUUUCAUCCGUGAAGAAAGAGAGUCGUCCGCGAAUUUAAGUUUUAUCAGCAUUCUUUUUGCAUUUUGCACUUGUGCUACCGCAAAAAUCACCGCAAUCUCCGUUUUAAUAAACCGCCAAGUGACGGGAGUGACGUGACAUAGCAAGUUCGCCAACCGUGUACCACCGUGGGUUUCGCAAAAAACCCAAGCAAAGUGUGCAUAUAUUUAUACAUAUUUAUAUUGUGUAACUCUACUUAAUAAACCUUUUAUAAAGUGUGUGGAAAGCAGUGUGUUUUAUUUCCCACCUCAGAAUUAUCUUACAACACGUAAGUAUACUAGUGGCAUACGU